AUGAUUGGUUUUGAUGAUUGGGUUGAUCAUCAUUUAGUAAUUUCCGAUGAUAUUCUAUCACUAUAUAACUUUAUACGUAUACAAAAUUUUUUUGAUUUAAAAUUAACUUUAAAAAAUUAUCUUAAAGUGGGUUUUCAUAGAAAAUUGCAUACUGUUUAUUUUUUUCCCGUAAAUUCAAUAUGGCAAUAUCUGUAA